AUGUCCUGCUCAUAUAUCGUAACUUUUCAAUCCGGAUUUUUUUCGAUACUUCAGCGCCACCCGUUCAUGGUAGCAAAUUCGGAAUCGGAUGGUCACGACUUCCAGUUACGUAUUCAGCCUAGAGCAGGCUUCACGAGUCGGCUUCUGACACGGAGCCUUGUUGGAGCAACGCAGCUUCGCGCUUUCGUAGAAGGACCUUACGGACAAGGAUUCGACCUGCGAGACUUUGGCACAGUAGUUCUAUUUGCUAGUGGGAUUGGAAUUGUUGGCCAUCUUGCAUACAUUCAAGAGCUCGUACACGACUACCGGCAGUCCAAGACCAAGACAAGGGAUCUUCUUCUGAUUUGGCACGUGGACAAUAAGUACCAGCUGGACUUGGUGUGGGAGUUCAUGAACAAUGUAUUAAGAAGAGACGAUCUUCCCACCGCCGCAAUGCGCCAAGAUACACAUGCACUAUCCGGAAGCGGAAAGAUAGACCGAUACUUGGGCGGUAGUAACACCAACGAAAGCCCAGGGAUUAUAGAUGUUUACAUCUACGGCGACUAUGAGAUAUUAGAUCAAACAGGACAUGCAGUACCAUACAAACGGGCAGGCAGUCGAAUCGCUGAGAUGAAAGGAAAGCCGGAUGUAAGGCAAAUUACUAGCGACGUGAUCAAGACAGGAGGAGGAAGACUCGCAAUCUGUGGUAAGCUUUUUGAUUUCUCAUCGCUACACUAA